AUGAUAUUCAAUCUACCUGUUAGUGUGCUGCUUUAUUUUUCUUUGAUAUGGGCAAUGGAGCCUAGUUUCGUAAGAGGUAAGAACGUCGUCAACUUAAUUACUUUCAAAGAUUCAAAUGGCAAGCUGCACAAGCGGUUAGCACCAGAGGAAAUACCGCCCCGGCUACAUAAUUCUCAAGUAAAUUCUUAUCCAUUAGGAUAUAAGGGAAUGCGUGACUUUUCAAGACCCGCAGUGAAUUUAGAUGAUAUUUUAGGGACACAGCAAAGAAAGCAGCAAGAGUUUUUGGCUGAAUUGUCUCCUUUAUCCUUAGAAUCAAAGUUGUCAUUAGUGAACGAGGUCCAAAUAUUUGCAAGCUAUGUGCGAAAUGAUGUUGAAACAUAUAACAAAGUAAGUGACCCCAACGAAGAUUUGAUUAUUAUUGCACCAACGAACAGGGCUGUCUCUCAGCUUACUUUAAAACCGUGGCAAUUUCCGAAUAAUAUUGAUAAGCUUGAAAGUGAUGGUGCCACCGAGAAGGAACUUGAUACGGCAAUACAAGAGAAUAUCUCCAAAUUUGUGAGAUCUCAUAUUGUAGUGUACAAUGAUGAUAAAAAUUCCUACAAGAAGGUGAGUCCAGGAUGUACGCUCCUGCAGAGUAUUGACUUCACAGAAAGCAAGAAAAGCGAUUCGGAAACUGGUGGUGAUAUUUUACUCAAAAAAGAAGGAGAAGUAUAUUAUGUAGCUUCCUCCAGAGACGAGAAAUUUCAUGCCGUCGAGAGCAUUGAAAAUGGAAGCAAUGGUGUUAUUUUGAUGGUUGAUUUCACCCUGGUGGGUCCUUAG